UGUACACCCCACUUAAACGAUCAGUGAGAUUGUGACCGUCGUAGUGAUAACACUAAUAGGUCUGGAAAUUAUUAAUAAUUUAUACUAUUGUCCAGUAGAUUGUGAUAUUUGUAAUUAUGAGAGAAUUGAAAAUAAUCGGCCCCACUACACAUUUAAAAAUGAUUCUAAUAAUGUUUGGCUUUAUGACAAUUUUAUUUGGUGGGACUAGAGCAAGUGUCCUCGUGGCAGAUAAAACAAUGUCAAGAAUGGUGGAAUUAAAUGCAGUGGCACCUUUUUGUACCCUUUACACAGACAGAGGAGUUAUUCAAAAAAUGGUCUUAGGAACGGAUCCAAAGAAAGUUCGACAAAUGUCCAAUAAACUUGUUUCCGAUCUUGAAGAAACCUGCAAAGAUUCUUUUGUACAUAGUUCCACGAAUCAAAGACACGGUUUAAUUUAUCCUGGCACUAAAUGGUGUGGUCCUGGCGAUAUUGCAGCUUCUUACAAUGAUCUUGGUCAACAUGCAGCAGAGGAUGCUUGCUGCAGGGAACAUGAUCAAUGUCCAAUGACUAUCGGACCUGGACAUUGUAUCGAAGGUUUAUGCAAUAAAUCUCCUUUAACCCGAUCACAUUGUGAUUGUGAUGCGAAAUUUCGAAGAUGUUUACAAACAUUAAACACCGAAGUUGCCAACACAUUAGGAGCACUUUUCUUUAAUGUCAUACAAGUUAUUUGUUUCAAGGAACGACGACCUUGCUCUGAAUGGCAAAAAAAUGGAUACCGAGUAUCAGAAUCUGAUCGUUUGUGUGCACAAUACAAUUUUCGUCCCAGUGAUAAAUACGUGCCACUGAUGCCGCUCAAUGUGAAUUAAAGAAUAGUCAAGUAGCAGAAAAAAAAUAGUUCAGAAACACACUGAUGUACGAGUGCACUUUCAAAAAAAUUAUAGUCAGCGUAUUUUUUCUAUCUGCAGUCGUAAUGUGAAUAACUCAAAUCUCUUAUACUAUAAUAGAAUUCAUAAGUGUUCUUAAUUGAAUUUAAUAACGAUUAGACAUAGAUAUAUUGACUCAACACUUAUGGCCUUUAAAAAAAGUUUUAAUCGCUUAAAGCUUGAUUGAAGUUUACAUAUUAAAAAAGUUAAACAAAUUUCUCCGCAAACAUUUUAAAUAUUAAUUUAUUUUUGUAUUUUGAAAUUACCAUGCUACCGAAUAUAUACAAUUCACAAUGCAUGUAUAAUAUAUAAAUAUUUUCUCGUAUAUUAUUCUAAAUGACCAUAUCUGCACAUGUGAUACUAACUAGGAUAAAUUAGUUGUACUAGGCUUUAUAUAAAGUGCUUUGGAAAAUAUGCUCAACAAUUCAAUUAUGGUAAAAUAAUUUAAUAAUAGUGUUAAAAUGCACAAAAUUAAGGUAAUGCAACAGAAAAUCUAAUUUUAAAUAAAUUAUGUUACUUUGGUAGUAGUA